UUGAUAAUCUUUUUUUAUCAUCGAAAACAUUUAUUCAAUUGGCAAAGCAGACAGAUAAUGAUCUCCCUAUCGUUAGAGUUUCCUCAUCCCGUUGAAAUUGAAAUAGUCAGUGAGUGGUUCAUGUCUUUGGGAGCUUGUGCAGUUGAAGUUUCCAACCAAAUUGUGGAAACUGAUGGCCCCUGUAACACAAAAGCUGAAGAGUUUAGCAGUUCUUCUGGGACGAAAAGAAAAACUUUUCGUGUUUUACUUCCUUGUGAUGUCUCUUCAGAGGAUUUUCUGAUGAGCCUUGCGUCAUUUUCCGAGUGGAAUCAAAUCAAGGUACUGGAAAAGGCCACGGUUGAGGAAACUGACUGGGUAGAGAGAGUUCGAGAAAGUUUUAUACCUAUCACUAUUGGAAGGUUAUACAUACGUUGUCCUUGGCACUCGAUUCCAGAAACUUCAACAGGAAAAGACGAGCUAGUGCAUAUGAUUAUUCAUCCAGGAAUGGGCUUUGGAACUGGUGAGCACCCUACCACAAGACUAUGUUUGAGUUGGUUACAAAGAACCGUUCAAGGGGGAGAAAAGCUGUUAGAUUAUGGUAGCGGUUCCGGUAUAUUAUGUAUUGCAGCGUCCCGAAUGGGAUGUGAACUUUGUCAUGGUGUCGAAAUAGACAUCGAUAGCAUACGUAACGCAGAAGAAAACCAAAGUCUCAAUAGCAUAUCGAAUAUUUCUUUUUUCCAGCCACUGGAAGCUCCUUCAUGUUGUUACGAUAUUAUAGUAUCGAAUAUUUUAUUUCAUCCUUUGGUUGACUUGGCAGAAAAAUUCUCACAGUGCUCUAGAAUAGGAACGAGGAUUGCGUUGUCAGGUAUUUUAUGUGGUCAAGCAGAGUCUCUUAAAGCUAUUUAUGAAGACGUUGGGUUUAAGUUUGAAGAUACAAUGAUAGAAAACGAAUGGUGUCUGAUAACUGGAAAGAAAAUUUAACCGAACAUGAGAGUAACUUGAACGUGGAAUACAGUUACGACAUUUGUCACGUUAACAGUCAUGAGUUCUU